AGCGCAGCGUGUCAGUGACAGGACAGAGCCUCUUCUCCCCGGUGUUGACAGGAGGACUCUGACCCGGCCGCUCAGUGAAGCCCCGCAGCCGCCAUGGGUGGGCCCGUGCUCCCCGCUGCCCAGCGGCUGUCUUCUCCGGUGUCCGCUCCUACCCGGGACAGUCCCAGCCGGUUCUGCUGCUGGAAACAAAACCAAAAGUAACCUUUGUGUCCGGAAGAGCCGCAGCUCCUCCCUCCAGUCCACCGAGGCCACAGAGAGAGCAGUGCUGGGCACGGACCCAACCGCUCCAGCUACUGAACGUCCCCCCGCAUGAGUCCUGCUGAAGCGGGUCUGGAGCCAUAGAAGCCUGUGGGUCACUGGCCGCCGUCAUGGAUUCCUUUAUAGAUGAUGACAUUUGUAUCCUGACUCGAGAGAAAGAAGACCAUACAAAAGGAAACGAAAGCGCCCCCCUUUCUGCCUCUUCCGGAGAGUCCUCAGUUGCCUCACACUUUGCCCUUGUUACAGCGUAUGAAGACAUCAAGAAGCGCCUUAAGGACACUGAACGGGAAAAUUACAUGCUAAAGAAAAGAUUAAGACAAACGGAGGAUAAGCUUUGUGGAGAAUCGAGCAUGGGGGAAAGUGACAAAGUGAACAAAGCCUACAGUGCAUUCCGGGAGAUUUCUAUUGAGAGAGACAAUCUGAAAAAGAAACUGGGUGCAAUGGAGAAGGAGAAGAUGGAAUUCACGAGAAAUUUGAAUGAGCAGUUGCAGUCAAAAGAGGUAGAGCUGCUGCAAGUGAAAUCUGAACUGGAGACUCAUCAGGUGAUGAAAAGCUUAAGCAAAAGUAUUACUGACUGGGAAAUUGAAAAGCUGAACAGCGAGCUGAAAAUCCGGUCAGUGGAGCAAGAACUGAAAUUGCUUCAGGAAGAAUGCGGACGUCUCCGAGCGGAACUUGAAAGGACAAAGAAUACUCCUGCUGAUAGAAGUUUAUGUAAAGAGAAUUAUCAAGACGAUGCUACUGACAGCGAGAGCAGCAUGCGGCAAACGUACUGGGAGCUGAAGAAGGAAAUGUCUAAUUUACAUCUAGUGACUGAGGUACAAGCCGAGGUGCUAAGAAAGCUGAAAGGAACAGUGGCUGUGACCAAGAAAGCUUCUCGUGGCCCAGUGCAGUGUGAAGAGGACUUGGAAAAUACCUUCAGUAAAGUGCAGAUAUCAGCUGGUGGAGUUACUUACCAAAAGGUGGUGUCCCCUAAAGAACAGACGCUGCAUGGUGCCGCCUCGGCACCUCAGCCACACGAAAGCACAUUGAGUACGUUGUCUGAAAGGUUGGAGGGCACACAAUGGACAAUUGAGAGGCCUAUUCCAGUAGGUGGAAGAGACUGUGAUGAGACUGGCUCAUACCAAAAGUCAGGUUCUGAAGAAAAUUCUUGGGUAAUUCCAAGCCCCCCAAAGCCCAGUGAAACCCUGUUCUGGGAGAUUAAAAAUAACUCUGCAUCAAGCAACCCAGACAAGUAUUAUAAACCAAGUUAUACCUUCAAAAGCUAAGACAGUGGUCCUAGCGUAUCAGCGUGCAAUCUCCCUUGCUUCUCUGAAGUCUUUCUUGUAUAUCUGGGUAAAUUAUGCAAUUUAUGGAUUUCUAACCAAUUUUUAUGA